CCCGCCCCUCCCCGCGCGCUCUCUCUCUCGCUCGCUCUCUCUCCCCGCUCGGCUGCGCCCGCUGUCAGGGCGGCGGCCGCGAUGUCGGACAAGGAGUUCAUGUGGGCCCUCAAGAACGGCGACCUGGACGAGGUGAAGGACUAUAUUUUAGGAGGUGAAGAUGUGAACCGGACUCUGGAAGGUGGGCGGAAACCUCUUCACUACGCGGCGGAUUGCGGACAGCUGGAGAUCCUGGAGUUCCUUCUACUGAAGGGAGCGGAUGUUAAUGCUCCAGACAAACACAGUAUCACUCCACUCCUUUCAGCAGUCUACGAAGACCACAUGGCUUGUGUGAAGCUACUUCUGUCAAAGCCCGUCGUCGGCUUCCCAGGGCCCGUGCUGGAGUGCUGCAGCCCCGGGGAGGCCCGAGAAGGCCUGUCGUCGGCCUCCCGGGGCCCGCACUGGAGUGCUGUGGCCCCGAGGAGGCCCAUCGUCAGCCUCCCGGGGCUUGCGUUGGAGUGCUGCGGCCCCGGGUAG